AAGAGAGACUUUCUCUGUGAGUGUGAAAAUAUCAGAGACGCAAGGGCGAACCAGAAGGGUGUCUGCUGAAGAUCUACCUAUCAUGUCGCCUUCGAUCGACGCCAACGGCGGUGCCUCCGACGGGAACUCCACCACUGGCCGUUUCGCGGCGGUGUACAGUGAAGUUCAGACGAGCCGCCUCAACCACUCGCUUCCUCUGCCUUCGGUUCUCAAGAGCCCCUUCAAGAUCGUCGAUGGCCCUCCGAGCUCUGCCGCCGGCAAUCCAGGUGAGAUCGCUAAGUUGUUUCCGUAUAUGUUCGGGCAGCCUUCGGCAAUGCUGGUGCCGAGUGAGUCCGCGCUGCCGUCGGAUCAGAAGUUGAAGAUUGGCGUUGUUCUGUCUGGAGGCCAAGCACCCGGAGGACACAAUGUGAUCUCUGGAAUAUUCGAUUAUUUGCAGAAUCAUGUGAAAGGAAGCACACUGUAUGGGUUCAAGGGUGGUCCCGCUGGGAUCAUGAAGUGCAAAUAUGUUGAACUCGACUCUGAAUUUAUCUAUCCUUAUAGAAAUCAGGGUGGUUUUGAUAUGAUCUGCAGUGGGAGGGACAAGAUUGAAACUCCAGAACAGUUUAAACAAGCUGAAGAAACAGCUGUGAAGCUUGAUUUGGAUGGGCUUCUUGUCAUUGGUGGAGAUGACUCAAACACAAAUGCUUGCCUUCUUGCUGAAAACUUUAGGGGUAAAAAUAUGAAAGCUCGGGUGAUUGGAUGCCCAAAGACCAUUGAUGGUGAUUUGAAAUGCAAGGAGGUUCCCGCAAGUUUUGGAUUUGAUACUGCAUGCAAGAUUUAUGCAGAAAUGAUUGGGAAUGUCAUGACAGAUGCUCGCUCAACUGGAAAAUACUAUCACUUUGUACGACUUAUGGGGCGUGCAGCCUCACACAUUACAUUGGAGUGUGCUUUGCAAACUCAUCCAAACAUUACAAUUAUUGGUGAAGAGGUUGCUGCUAAGAAGCUGACCCUGAAAAAUGUUACAGACUACAUUGUUGAUGUUGUCUGCAAACGUGCAGAACUUGGUUACAACUAUGGUGUUAUACUUAUUCCAGAAGGCCUUAUUGAUUUCAUACCUGAGGUGCAGCAUCUUAUUGCAGAAUUGAAUGAAAUUCUGGCUCAUGAAAUCGUAGACGACACUGGCCUCUGGAAAAAGAAACUUACAAAUCAGUCUCUGCAACUGUUUGAAUUUCUACCUCCAGCAAUUCAGGAACAAUUGAUGCUUGAAAGAGAUCCACAUGGGAAUGUCCAGGUUGCAAAAAUAGAAACAGAGAAAAUGCUUAUACAAAUGGUUGAAACCGAGUUAGAGAAGAGGAAGAGUGAGGGCACAUACAAAUACAAAGGUCACUUUAAAGGGCAGUCCCACUUCUUCGGAUAUGAAGGGAGGUGUGGUUUUCCAACUAACUUCGAUGCUGCCUACUGCUAUGCAUUGGGUUUUGCUGCUGGAGCUCUCCUUCACUGUGGGAAAACUGGGCUGAUAUCAUCGGUUGGGAAUCUGGCUGCUCCAGUUGACGAAUGGACUGUUGGUGGAACUGCCUUGACUUCAUUAAUGGAUGUGGAGAGGAGACAUGGUAAGUUCAAGCCUGUGAUCAAGAAGGCGAUGGUUGAACUUGAUGGGGCUCCAUUCAAAAAAUUUGCAUCUAUGCGGGAUGAGUGGGCUCUCAAGAAUCAAUACAUCAGUCCUGGUCCCAUUCAAUUUAAUGGUCCUGCAUCCAAUGACGUAAAUCACACUCUUCUUCUGGAACUCGGAGCCCAUGCCUAAACAUAUCGUUUUGCUCCCACAUGGAUGCGAGCCAAUAUUUCCUAGGGAGUGGCUAAAGGCUCGAUUGUGCAUCCUGUGGGCUCUUUUUUUGUUAUUUAGUUAGACUCUUUGACAUUUGCCUUAAGUUUUGUUUGAGGAUGAUACUUUGAAACCCAGCCCAGCACAUUUAGCAGGACUCAGACACUUUGAAGGUUUUCAUCCUCUGUUUCGCCAUAAGUCUCUCACCUCAAUGCAGUGAAAAUCUUGUAGCCCCAAGUCCUGUUUUCUUCUGCCCUGUUCGGCGUGAUAAGCUGCUGUUCACUCAAAACUGUCCCUCAGACCAUUCCUUCCCACGAGGGGGGAAAGGUAAAAAGCCUGUGGCAGAUGUUUUGAAGCUGCAGUGGUCAUAUGUUGCACUAAAAGGGAUAGAGAGAUGUCUGCAAGUUGAAUUAUUUCUGGAAAUAAAAAAAUUGCUCGUGUCAGCCAGAAAUGCGGGGCUGCAAAAGCAUUGCAAAUA